UCGGAUUUUCGUCUCGUUCUCUGUGUUGUUGUUCUCGGUGACGCGACGGAGGUGUAGCCUGACGCGGUCUCUUACGUGUCGGCCUGAAUAAAAGUGGAGCUCCGAGGGCUCGAGAGUGACGAAGGGAGUCUGUAUCGGUAAGAGAGGAGAUUUUUUCCAGAGGGAGAACUAAUAGGAGUUGGUGGACAGUGUGAAGAUUCUCUCUAGGUGUCCCAUUUAUAGCUAACUCAAUGACCAUGGAGUCAGGAGCCGAUGCACAGCAGGGUGGAGACGCCGCUGUUUCUGAAAAUGACAGCCAACAGAUCACCCAGGCCCAACUCGCCACCCUUGCACAGGUGACAAUGGCUGCUGGACACGCUAGCGCCACAGGGCCCACUGUCACGCUGGUGCAGCUGCCCAAUGGUCAGACGGUGCAGGUACAUGGAGUGAUUCAGGCUGCUCAGCCUUCAGUCAUUCAGUCACCACAGGUGCAAACUGUCCAGAUUUCUACAGUAGCAGAAAGUGAGGACUCACAAGAAUCUGUGGACAGUGUAACUGACUCUCAAAAACGAAGAGAAAUCCUUUCUAGACGACCCUCUUAUAGGAAAAUCCUGAAUGACCUGUCAUCAGACGCUCCAGGAGUUCCGAGAAUCGAAGAGGAGAAAUCUGAGGAGGACAGUGCGCCUGCCAUCACUACAGUGACUGUGCCAACCCCUAUAUAUCAGACCAGCAGCGGCCAGUACAUUGCUAUUACACAGGGUGGAGCCAUUCAGCUGGCUAAUAAUGGCACAGAUGGAGUGCAGGGGUUGCAAACCCUCACCAUGACAAAUGCAGCAGCCGCCCAGCAAGGCACUACCAUCCUGCAAUAUGCCCAGACCAGUGAUGGUCAACAGAUUCUUGUACCCAGCAAUCAAGUGGUUGUACAAGCUGCUUCUGGAGAUGUUCAGGCUUAUCAAAUCCGUACUGCCAACACCAGCACUAUUGCCCCAGGUGUGGUCAUGACUUCCUCGCCCUCCAUGCCAAGCCAAGGAGGCACCGAAGAAGUCACACGCAAGAGGGAAGUCCGCCUCAUGAAGAACAGAGAGGCUGCGCGUGAGUGCCGUCGGAAGAAGAAGGAAUAUGUCAAGUGUCUGGAAAACCGUGUGGCUGUUUUGGAGAACCAGAACAAAACGCUCAUCGAGGAACUCAAAGCUCUCAAAGACCUGUACUGUCACAAAUCAGAGUGACACAGCACCCGAUCUCCACACGUUUUGGUGGAUUUACGCAUACAGAGACUGAAAGGCGAGUGAGCCAAACAUGGACGCAUGUUUUCUAAAUGUUUUUUUUUAUUUUACAUUGCUACAGACUGCCUGUAUGAACACACAAGAACUUGAGGGAACAAAACAAAUGUCCCCUAGCCAAAAAAAAUCUCUUCUAAAUCAUUGGAUCAUGUCAUUAAAGAGAGAAAAUGCUGGAAAAACUUUACCGUGGACAUAAAAGCAGAAGAACAUUCUUAGCUAUCCUUACUCCUGGACUCAAGACUCAAGAGGAGGGGUUCAUGGGAAAUUUUUACCCUUUUUCCAGUGUGCUGGUGUAUAACUGAUCGACAACUUUUAAUAAAAGAGAUAUAAAUAAUAAAAAAUAACAAAUUAAGUGACAUCUCUAUAGUGCAGUAGAAAUCAUCUCUUAGCUUAGAAAUGGAGUUGACAUCAUUCCCUCAAGAGAUUUUAAGGUUUAAUGUGUCUGUUACUUUUUCUUGCUGUAUAGUGGUCUUGUGUUUUAAGUUCAUGUUUUUACCUUUUAAAUAUCAACUAGCUUUCAAAAGUACAUUAUAUAAAUGUACAUAAAUACUGAAAAUAUUAAUGUUGUACACAGAAUAAGAUUAUAGCCCAUGUAUAUUUAGAUUUUCACAGAUUUUUCUCAUUUUUUGGGUGAGCUAAAUUCACUAAUUCAUUUUUAUUAAUCUUCCCAUUGAGGUUACAGCAGUUGCACAAUCGAAUAAAAGAAGUUUUUUGGACAUUUAGUCACUUGAGUAUAAGUUCACGGUUACAAAAUUAGACAUUACACACAAACAUGAAUUUUUUUUGUGUGAUGAUUAACAAGAGUUAAGAUGAUUCUUGACAUUUAUGUUAAGCAUAUUUGGCAGAUUACUUAUGUUAUGCUUUGUAUAUCAUACUGCGUUCUAUCGCUGGCAUUAUUAGACUAAAGCAUGUUUUCUUAACAUAUUAUUGACUUUGAUAUCAUUUUAUGGUUAAUUUUCCAUUGCAUCACUACAAACAUGAAGACAGUGUCUUUGUAUUUGAUAACGUGAUCACACAUGUAAAGGUUAUAUGUUAUCAGUCUUUUAUGGCAUAUGCAUUUUGGCAGCUAUUUCAUAAAAAAGAUAUGUAAAAUCAGCUUUCUUUGUUACUUCUUAUUGUUUUAGGUUUGUCUGCAUUAAAUAAUUCUUAGAUUUUUUUCAGCCGGUAACUUGUGUUACACUUUGCCUCUAUGAUCAGUUGAUCUAAAAUAUUAUUAGAGCUUUGAGUACUGGAUGACUAAUUGUUCAAAAAUAUUUUUUUUUAUCUUGCAACAAGAAAAUUGUUACAAAUCUUUUCAAGAUGUUUUGUACUGAAAUAAGCCUUUUAUCAUAUUAGUGAUUACAUCAAUGCCCACCCUACCAUUUUUUUACAUUUUAAAAUUAAAAUCAGUUGCUUGACUUGUCGUUUACACUCUCAGCUCAAGUGUAACAAAUUCGAGGAGCAAUCACUUCUCAGCAGGCCAGAUCUGUACUCCCGCUGGGGUUGUGACACACCACACUGUGUUCCUGAUUUCCCCUCAAAAAAACUAUUUUCUGACACAAGAACUCCUACAUGUAAAUUGUCUCAUUAAAGAUCAGACCGUUUAGCAUACCAGUAGAAGUAGAAAUGUGUGAAUCUUUGUUUUUAAUGAGAUUUUCUUUCCAAUCUUUAUAAAUUCUUUAUGUUUUGAGGUUUACCUAAUGCCAUGUGGGCUUAACAGAACUUAUGUGUGUUAACUACAUGCAUAUGCAAGAUAAAUCAAUCAUAAGCAAUGUCUGGUGUUAAAAACUUAUUCGGCUCAUUCUGGAUAAACACAUCAUGCACUUUUUGUAUGAUAGGUUUUACCUUUUGGACACUGUACAGUAAUGUUUGGGUUUUAAGGUUUUGAGAUUAAUUGUAUAUACUCUGUGUGACAUGGCUCACAUUUUUAGAAGCUUUUCACUAUGUUACAGUUAC